UGCUGUUUGGUCGCGAAUACGCGCAAGAGUGGGCAACGCGUGCGUUUAGAAGUAGCAGUUUGUUAUGGUCUAGGUGGCCGUGAUAGUGACGCGGGAUGCAGCAGGAUUAGAACGGAAGAUUUGCUAGCUGUCUUGCGAAUUCACAGGAUUGCCAUGACGUCAGACAGAGACAGGGACUAUAUCGGGUUUGCGACGUUGCCGGAUCAGGUGCACCGCAAGUCCGUCAAGCGCGGUUUCGAGUUCACGCUGAUGGUGGUCGGCGAGUCCGGCCUCGGUAAAUCGACGAUGAUAAACAGCCUGUUCCUCGAAGACUUGUACAAGAACCGGAAAUUGCCGGACGUCAGCGAGCGGCUACACAAAACCACGACGAUCGAGAAAAAGACCAUGGAAAUCGAAGAGAGGGGAGUGAGAGUACGAUUGACGGUGAUCGAUACUCCGGGUUUCGGGGACGCCGUCAACUGCGAGGACAGCUGGAAGGUGUGCACAAACUACAUCGACGAACAAUUCCGGCAAUACUUUACGGACGAAAGCGGCCUGAAUCGGCGAAACAUCCAAGACAACCGGGUGCACUGCUGCCUCUACUUCUUGCCACCGUGGGGCCAUAGCUUACGCCAGACUGAUCUCGAGCUGAUGAAGCGACUUCACCGCAAGGUCAACAUCGUGCUGGUGAUAGCGAAGGCGGAUUGUCUCACCUCGGCCGAAGUCGACAAGCUCAAACGGAACAUACUGCGCGACAUCAAAGAAAACGACAUCCAGAUGUACGAAUUUCCCGAAUGCGAUAGCGACGAGGAUGAAGACUUCAAGCAGCAGGACAGAGAACUGAAGGCGAGCGUGCCGUUCGCGGUAGUCGGCAGCAACACAAUCCUCGAAGUCGCCGGCAGAAAGAUACGCGGCAGGCAGUACCCUUGGGGGGUCGUCGAUGUCGAGAACCCGAAGCACAGCGACUUCAUCAAGUUGAGGACGAUGCUGAUAUCGACACACAUGCAGGACCUAAAGGACGUAACAGAGGACGUCCAUUACGAGAAUUUUCGCGCGCAGUGCAUCUCGCAGAUAUCGCAACACGCUAGGGAGAGGGGGAAGCUGAAGCGGGAUUCGGCACCCUACGAGUCGGACAUCUCCGAGACUGACAGGCUGCUACUGCAAAAGGACGAGGAGAUCCGUAGGAUGCAGGAGAUGCUAAAUCAGAUGCAGGAGAAACUCAAGGUGACCGCUCAAGACAAGAAACACGAAAGUAUUAUCGACGUUUAGGGCACGGUGGUGGGACGAAUAUCCGUAUAAAACCAAAGAUUUUUUGUAUGACAAAGUUACAUGUUUUUUUUAUAUAAUUCUAGGUGAUAUUUGUAAGGUUUAUUUAUUACGUUAUUAAAAU